CAUCCCCCACCAUCCUCCAUCCUUCACCAACUCUCAUCACCAAUCUUGCUCCUCCAAACCCUCUCACCCACAUCUCAUAAAUCCCCUAAGUAGUAGCUCAUUGUUCCCCACUGCACCACAGUCGCGUGUUGCCUUCGGCAGCCUUGGGUUUCCCUUUUCGGCAAGCAGACGCUAGCCCCCCUCAAGUUCCUGUUGUUUCUGCCUUUCAGGUUUCCAUUUUAGGAGGAACUGUCUCUCUCUCUCUCAAUUUUUUGGUUCUAAGUCACCACCAUCUCCUUGAAACCUUGAAUACUUGCUGUUGUAAGCCUACAAGAAGAGGUAAGUAAAAGUAUGGUAAUGUCUUUUGGAUUUGAGGCAAAGAUUUUUUUUAUAAGCAAAUUUCUAAUGGUUUUUGAAAUGAUGGCAGGACUAAACCCAUUUUACACAAACACGAGCAUGAUUGGUUGAAAUGAAAUUAUUAUCAUUUCCAUUGAGUUGAGCAUGCCUACUUGGAGUUUAUUUGAUUGUCCUAAUGAUCUAGAAAUUAUUUGUAAAUUAUGGUUUUCUUGUUAACUUCUACCUAGUUUUGUCUCCAAUAUGGUCAUGAUUUACUGUGGCUAUUAGUGGGAGGUUUAUAAACACUAGCACAUGUCGACAUGUUACUUAUGGAAUCGGUUCAUUCUUGUUAUACCUGUUAUCCUGCUAGUGGGAUACACUAGCAAAACUUGUGCCUGUCAGUGGCAGGUUUAUAAACAUUGGCCAUGACCUAUAGAGGAGACGUCUAUUUCAUUCUUGUACUUAAACCCAUUUUUCUUGAUGCUUGAUUACACUUGUUGGCAUGCUUUAUACAUUAAAUAAGGGCUAUCCAUAUUUUUACCUACUAAAUUAUUUCAUAGAGUAUUUUUCCCUCAUCCACCAUUUCAAGUACUAAAACCAAAGACGCGGGAAAACUGAGGGGAGUGAUGAGCUAGAAGGCUAGCCAUUUGUAAUUCAAACUUAGAUUAUCUUGGAGUUAGGCUAGCCACAUAUAUUUGGACUUAGCUUAUUUUGUAAUUAGGUUUGCAAGCUAAAUUUUAUUUUUAGAUUUUUGCAAAAUUGUUCCAUGGAUUGUUAGUUAUGAAUUUAAUGAGUUCCGAGUCUUGUGCAUUUGUGGGAUUCUCUCACAAGUGUAUGGUGUCUGUUUUGCCCUUGGAUUUGGGUUCUGAGGUGUGAUAGAUAUUUUGCAAGGUACUUAUAAUGUAAUAUUUGGCAAAGAGACAAAGAAGAGACGAUAUAAAACUGGCAUUUUGAA